UUGGAAUAACUUAAAAAAUUGAGUACACUCCUUACAUUCCCGCAGGUAUUUAAUUAUAUCUUUCAAUGGAACCACACUGAAGAUGACUCUUACACUAGUAAAAGUAGUCAGUGUGUAUGCUUAUAUAGCAGCGUAAAUUUAUUGUUCCCUUAAAAUAACUCAAAAUACAGCCAUUAUUAUUAGUACUACUAUUAUUAUAAAGUAUAAGUCAACAUUGCGGCUCGGAAAAUUAAUGAAUCUUUCAAAAAACAAAUCCCCGAAAAAACAUCACAUACCCAAACUGUCGUAAAAGGUCGCAAAUCAACACAUGCGCGGUUGGCUUGUGCAUGUUAUACGCAUGCGCCACUCACAUUCCGUCGGAGGCGAUAAAUAAUCGUCUCAAAAGAAAAUAUUAUUUUUAAAAUGUAUUAAUUUUUUGUGGGGCGGGGGUUGUUUGGCGAUGCUAAUUCUAUGAUAUUGUAUUUGAUGUUUAAAUGUUUUGUUUGUAUAAUGGUUCAAUAAAAAUAAAAUUCGAAUUAAAAAUAAAUAUGGCAAUGAAUAAUAUAAAUAAUACACCUUUUUUUGUUGUUGGUUUGAAUAUGAUCUCCAAAUUUACAACGUCCUUCUGAAAUUAAGUACAUGUCAUCCAUAACUGCUCAUUGAGAAGACUGCAAAAGAUUUUGGUGCCUGGAAAUUGGAGCAGAGUGGGACCUCUUCAGACGCUGACCUGAUGCAUCGCCAUCUAUUACUAUUGUGAUCAGCAGUCGUUAUCAUCGCCCAUCCAUUCAUCCGUCGACUCGAAAGUGGCCCGAGGUGGGGAAAGAUGUCGCAAAAAAGAUAACAUUUGCGAUAAUCAAGCGCGGUCCGCUGGUGUUCCACGUUAGCUUCAGUUAGCAACUUGCUGGGUGAACAUCAGCAGCGAUUCCCCACUGAGGUCAUUCUAACAGCGCUCACUCUCCCGCAAGGUGUCUGACAGAAAGAGAAAAAUCUUUUGACCAUUUUAGAUACAAUGGCACCUCAUGCUGUGGUUCAGGCCAUCAUUGACCUCUCUGCUGGUGCUAUAGGUGGCGCUGCAUGUGUCUUCAGUGGACAACCUCUGGACACAGCAAAGGUCAAGAUGCAGACCUUUCCCACACUCUACAGGGGUUUCAUUCACUGCAUCACUUCAACCUACAAACAAGUCGGGAUACGAGGUCUCUACCAGGGAACCUCACCGGCUCUCAUGGCCAACAUUGCUGAGAAUUCUGUGCUCUUCAUGAGCUACGGCUUUUGCCAGCAGGUCAUCCGCUUCACGGCGGGACUGCAAAGUGAUGCCGUGCUGAGUGAUAUGCAGAAAGCGUGUGCCGGCUCGGUAGCAUCCAUCUUCUCUUCGAUGGUCCUCUGCCCUACGGAGCUAGUCAAGUGUCGACUGCAAGCCAUGUACGAAAUGGAAGCGUCGGGCAAGAUUGCGAGGAGUCAGAACUCAGUGUGGUCUGUGGUGAAGUCCAUCCUGAAGAACGAGGGUCCGCAGGGCUUCUUCCAGGGCUUGACUACAACCAUCGCCAGAGAGGUCCCCGGCUACUUUUGCUUCUUUGGCGCCUACGAGUUUUGCCGCAGUGCCUUCGCGGAUUACAUGAAGUGUGAAAAAGACGAGAUAGGGGUAGCUCCAAUAGUAUUCAGCGGAGGUUUCGGAGGGGCAUGCCUGUGGCUGGUGGUCUACCCCAUGGACUGUGUCAAGUCUCGGAUCCAGGUCAUGUCCAUGACGGGCAAACAGGGUGGCUUUUUUAAAACCUUUAUCACCAUCACGCGCACGGAAGGUUUUAGAGCGCUCUACUCUGGUCUCACACCCACCAUGGUCCGCACCUUUCCUGCUAACGGAGCACUUUUCUUGGGUUAUGAGGUCAGCCGCAAAAUUAUGAUGAAGCAGUUUGAUAGCUGAGUUUCACAAAAAAGCAGUGUGGACAGAUUUACACUACAAAACCACUCCAAAACGUUCAAGGAUUUCUUUGAUUUCAUAUGCAUUUCCUUUAAACUGUAUUUACAUUUUUGAAACCGUGAUGUGGUGGCGUUUUAGAAUUAACAAUUCUUUCAGAGGUUCUACUGCCAAUAUUUUUGAGAAACUGCGUUCUAUGUGGAAUUGUCUACGACAUUCUCGGCUACCUCAAUGUUAUGAAAUGCACAAACAAACAAACAAAAACGGAAAAAAAAACAGUAUUUUACAUUUCUUUGAGCUACUAAUGUAUGCUGGAGGCACAUGAAGAAGAAAAAAAACACUCCUUUUAACUUUUUUUUUUUUUCCCCAAUUUUACUGACCAAAUGAGUUCACUGGUCUAAUGAGGCCAUUCUAGAUUUUAUGUAACCUGGAAUUCAAAUGCAAGAAAUGGUUAUUUAUUUGCUAGUUUUUUUUAAUGUUACAAUUUUUGACUGACUAGUGUCUUGAAUUUCAUUAUCAGGGUGUAUUCUUAAUCAAAUUUCCGCAUAGGACCAGCCCAACAUUGCCUUUUAAAGCUUCACUUUUUGCCUUUCAUUGUAUUUUAUUUUUUGUUAAGACCACUAAUGUGCUAUCUGCACACCAUUUGCAGAUUUGUUUCACUGUAUGUUCUCUAUUUUGAACGUGUGUGUGCGUGGUAAUAACAAGUAUUCAGAAACAUCCCUGUUAAUAUAAAUGUAUUUUAUUUAUAAAAUGCAAACAAUUGAACUCUGAAUAUAGUGGUAUAUUUAACAACUUUGAUUUUGUUGGUAGCAAAAAUCCAUAUUAAAUUUUUCACUAAAACUGCCUUUUGAUUUUACUGAAGAAACUAACAGAUUUUUUCCUGUGAGACUCAUUUUUCGGUAGUAGGAAAAAAGAGUGUAAAGCAUGUAUUAAAUAUUCUUAUAAUGACUGAAUUAUUGUACAUUAUACUUGCUUUUAUAUUUCUGAUUUUGUUCAAACCAUACUCACAAAAAUUAGUGAAAUUUCAGCAAGAACCGAAUGUGCACUUUAAUCUUUACAGGUCAACCCUUUUCUAAGCUUUGGAAUAGGUGAGCUGAAUGGCAAUAUCCACAAUUGGUGUUUGAUCCAUGACUUAACUUAUUGACUGCCAUUAAUGGCGCCAUGAGCAUUCACAGCUUUUCCUCUUAGUUGAAAUGAAUUAGACAUCUAUUGUUGUCAAUGGCAGGCAAUGAGUUCAGUUGUCAAAUGAAAGCGGAAGUUCCGAAUUUUUGACAUUAGGCUUAAUCUUCGAGUUAGCAGGGGUUUGAUUAGUUGGUGGAGUUGAUUUUAACAAAUUCCGUGCAGUUUGCAAGUUAUUUGUAAGUUUCAGGGCUCCGGAGUGGCUAAGCUAGCGCGAGUCAAUGGCACCUUCAUAGCAUGCCAAUUGAAACGAUACAGAUUUACGGAGAGAUCCAACAUAGUGAAAUAAAUUCAAAACACCGGAAACAUGGCGAAAUGUGCAUUUAGAGGCUGUGGAAACAGACAGAAGAAACGGGCAAGGGAAAGUUUCCACAAAUUCCCUAUGAUGAACGACGUGCAAUAUAAACUGGUUACUUGCUGCUGGCUAAGACAUCAAAAAAUCAGUGGUGAAAAAAAACGAUGUGAUAUCGCUCCGCCCUGCUCUUCUGCAGAGCUUCUGGAUUACAAAUUUUUCUGUUCAUACUAGGCCUGAAUGAUAUUGGAAAAAACUAUUGCUGCGAUUUUUUGGGGGUUUGCGAUAUAUUGUGAUAUUGCAUUGCGAUAUUAAAAAAAUAUAUGUAUAUAUAUAUUUUUUUUUCCAAAAGAAAUUUUUACUAGAUGACUUGAAAAGCUGUUUGGAAAGACUUAUAGUAGCGCAUACCCCCCACCCCAUUUGUGUGUGUGUGCUCAAUGUAUUUAUCCAGAUCUAGCACUGGAAAGAGAUACAUAUAAGACAUGUUUUUUCUCACUUUUUCCCCCCAAAGUAUGAUUUAAAGAAAAUUUAUAUAUAUUUAUAUAUAUGUAUAUUUAUAUAUAUGUAUAUAUAUAUAUAUAUAUAUAUUUUUUUUUAAUAAAUGCUUUUUAAGCACUCCAAAUGUAAUAAUUAUGAAAGUUUCAAACAUAACUGUCCCACUGAAUCCUUUUUAAAUAAGAAUAAAGUACUGUAGUAGAAAAAUGCUUGGCUUUAUUAAAUGCUUCUGUUUACCAUGGCUGUGACUCUUGGAGUGACAUGUAGAAAUUACAAACUCCUCAUAAUCACUUCUGGCGUUUAUUUUAUAUGUCUCUAAUGUCUCCACAACACUGGCUCUCUGAAAAAGUAUCUGAACCGUUUGGAAUUUCUCACAUUUCUGCAUAAAAUCGCCAUCUAAUCAAAUGUGAUCUGAUAUUUGUCAAAAUCACAUAGAUGAAAUUACAGUGUCUGCUUUAACUAAAAUAACCCAAACAUUUAUAGGUUUUCAUAUUUUAUUGAGGAUA